AUGGCCGAAGAGGAAAACCUGCAGACCGUCUGUGACUUUACCGGCAGCUCGGACACGGAGCUUAUGCGCCGUGCCUUGAGGUUUGUCGACCGAUACUCAUACUCUGAGGCGCCCUUUCAGGCAGACCGCAAUGGCUCCUAUAACCAAGAUGGUAACUUCAUGGCCCCGACGUUCAUGAUACAAGGUCCGGACGAUGGGGGCGCGGUCCUCCAUGGCGUACCACCCAGCGUCCCGCCGUCACGGCCGCCCUCCCGAUCAGACAACAGGUCUCCUAUGAGUAGAAUGAUGAACUGGGCGUCAGAAAACGCAGGCGCACCGACCACUAGAGCACAGGAAGAUGCCGACUAUCAACGUGCACUGGCAGAGUCCAGGGCAUCAUCCGGUUUGGAAGCGCCGCCACAGGAGAGCGGGGUGGUGGGUGCAAAUGGGCAGGAUGUCUACCAACCUUUCUUCGGGCCGGCCGUGCGGGAUAAUUACGAGCAGGCGCAGUGGGCUAUGGUCCCCGUCGCACAAGAAAAGCCGGAUCCUCUGCCAUCUGAUCGAAAGAGGAACCAAGGAAUCCCUCCGUUUCUCAGGUGUCGCAGAACUGGAUCGGCGAGCGAGCAGCACAGACUUGGCGCUCUGUUGACAAUAUUACACCAGAUACCGGCGGCACGCAACUUUUUUCUAGAGCUUGAGGCCAAGACGGGAACCUAUGGUAUCAACAACCAGUGGUGGAAGGGUGAGGCAAUUCCGCCUGCCCCACGGGAGGAUCAGCAGGAGGCUAUUCCCGACGACGGAGGCUGGCAUGAAUCCCAGUCGGAUGGCCCCCCGGCGGGUCUGGUGGAAGAGUUGCACCGCUUGAUGGCAUUCCUCGACAUGACGGACCGGAGCUACGGACAGGCCGAUGUGCUAGCAGACCUUGUCCGAGACUCGACCUAUCAGAGCAGCAGCGCCGUAGAGCUGAAGCUGUUCGAAAUAAUGCAGGAAUCCAUCAAUAUUCCUAGCGAUGUCGUCAGGAACGUGUUUUGGAGCAUCGAGACGUAUCGUUUCGCAGUGCCGGUCCAGGAACACGUUUGCGACGAGGCGUUUACUUUUGGUAUUAUCGAUCUUAACCUGUCGAGUGCAGCCUACGCCAAGAUGGAGAGCCUCUACGACGCCUGGGAUGAGCUAUUGUGGAUCGACGCUCACAGUGCCGAAAACGAAGAAUCCCUCCGGACGGCUGCCGUCACCAAACCUGGCGACGUCUUGGCCAUGAACUUUAGCGGCGAGGGCGAACUGUCGCCAUCGAGACCUGUCGACAUACCAGCAGUUUUCUAUGUUGAUCGGUAUUUGGCGGAGAAUGUCGAAGGACACUCAAUGGAGCAGCAACUACGGAUCAGGCAAGAGAGGCGGGUACUGGCAGAGCUUGAGGAGCGGGAGAGGCUGGAGACGCAAUGGUGGAGCCCCAAGGAAAUGGCUUGGAGGGACAGAAUAGCACUGAGCGAGAAGGUGAUUGAAGACCGAGUGGAGAAGGAGAAGGCUUUAAAGUUCAAGGUGCUCCGCCGGAGGUGGUUCGAGUGUGUCGACACGCCUGACUACUUUCAUUUUAUCCCGGGUUGGAUGGAUGACAAGCUCGCCUUUUCUGAUGCAGAGAGGGCAAAGCUCAAGCAGUGGCAGCGGGAUCGGCAGUUCCAUGAAGGGGUUAUUGCAGAUAUCAAGAACAAGAAACAAGGUAAGGAGGAGCACACGUUCAUCCUGUGUACACCGCUGACACAUUGGAUCAGAAUACACAAGGAUACGGAGCGAGGCACAUGCCGAGAUAAAACGCUGGACCCAGAGAUUCAGCGUCCCCUGCCCCGAGGACAACUGGGAGCCAGUACAUAUGUAUCACCUUCGCGGAGUGGCGACAUCGCCCAACACGAUGUACUUGGCCCAGCGUGCAGACCAGAUCUUAUCGAGAUGGAUGGCAACCCGGCACCGACAGAUCAAUGGUGGAAGUUGUCGUAUGUUGCCGAGGACCGUGAGACUCCUCUCAGGAUCGCAACCUCGUCGAUUGAUGAGGCACGCAAGGCGGCCUACACGGAGAGUACACGGCCGAUUCUGGUUUAUGCCAACGACUCGGCCUUGGAAACAAUGCCCAAGCAGUUGUCAGAGGCACUGCGAACGUUUGUCAAGUUUGACAAUAGGGUGUUUAAGCAGGAGCUGAUCGAGCAGACGCCGGACACGGUGAUGAGGUCACCGCCUGCACUGCCAGCAAGAAGCAACACACCUUUGCAACAACAGCCGCCGUCUCUGGUAUCUUUCUCGACCGAUUCACUUCCAGGCGCCAACAGCAGAGAUAUCCACACCAGCAGCAAAGAAGUGUUCCCGGGCCGCAGCGAUGGAGCUGGCGACCUGCCGACGGUUGAAAUGACAGAGGUCAGGAUGGUAGACCAGCAGGAUUCACAUUAG